GGCGGGAAUGCUCUUCAGUUUGACGAGCCGUUGAACUGGCGCGCUGGUAAAGCGAUCGCGGUCGCCGAACUGCUGCGGAGGCUCAAGGACCUCUCCGAAGAACUUCGAGGGUUACAACAGGAGGAUGUGGACAAGGAGUCUGUUAAGGCGAAAGCGAAGGAGUUGGCGAACCAGCAGCUUCUGGGACACAAGGACAGCGGAGUCAAGGCAUAUGCGAUGUUAUGCAUUGUCGAGGUCUUUGAGCUCACAGCGCCCGAUGCGCCCUUUCAACCCACGCAAUUGAAGGACAUCUUCACACUGUUCAUUUCGACAAUCGUGCCCGCACUGGCGAAUCCGAACGAUCCAUACAACCAGCAGCACCAAGAAGUUCUCGGCUCCCUAGCCAGAGUCAAGAGCAUCAUCCUCAUAGAUGACCUCCCCGCGCCCGAACCACUCCUGAUUCAGCUCUUCGCCAACUGCUUCGAUGUCAUCUCUGGAAAUGUGCGCGGAGGCGGAGGAGAGCAACUGUCCAAGAAUGUCGCUUUCAACAUGACGGCGAUCCUGACGGUCGUGCUUGAUGAGUGCCCGGUAUUGCCGGCAGGCGUCGUCGAUAUCCUUCUGGCCCAAUUCCUCAGAGCCGAUCCGGAUGCGCUCGCGACUGGUAGCAAAAAGAACGACGCGCCAUUGCCUCACGCCUUACGGGAAGUGUCGCCAGCUUACAACAUGGCAAGAGCAGUCUGCAACAGCGCACCUGACAAGAUGGCUCGUCAUGUCGGCCAGUACUUCAAUUCAGUAUUGAUCGAUGCGACCUCUAACAUCUCCGCUGGUACCACGAGCAAAUCAAAAACGCGGAAACGCGCACACGCCGAUGACGACGAAGAUACGAAUGAGGACUCGAUGUACGCACCCACGGAAGAGGACUUGCAGGACGCGCAGAAGGCGCAUCGCUUAUUACGAGAGCUCUGGAGGUCAUGUCCGGACGUAAUUCUGAAUGUUAUUCCUCAAAUCGAAGCCGAAAUCGCCGCGGAAAACCUGCCACUUCGCGUCAUGGCCGUUCAGACUGUCGGUGACAUGAUUGCCGGAAUCGGUGCUGCGGGACCGCCUCCACAACCGGUGCUAGACCCGGCCGCUUACCCUUCAGAAAGCAUUGCACCACCCGCCGAGCAGCAUCUGAGCGUUCUCCUCACUCCUGCAGCGCCUCUCGCAUUUUCCUCCGCAUAUCCUUCCGCGUACCAAGCUUUCUGUGACCGGCACCGUGACAAAGCCCCGGCUGUUCGAGCCGCGUGGUCCAUUGCGGUCGGCAGAGUGCUUUACACAUCUGGAGGAGGCAAAGGCCUCGACUCCGACCAAGAGCCGCUUCUGUCUCGAUAUCUGACAGAUAUGCUGGUCGACUCCGACGACAAAGUCCGUCUCGCUGCUGUGCAAGCUGUCGCGCACUUUGAUUACCGCUCAAUCAUGCAGAAGCUUGGGCGUAUGGGUAGUGUCAGCACUCCAGGAUCAGUGCUCAGCACUCUUGCAGAUCGCACCAAAGAUCCCAAGCACCCGGUCAGGAUUGCUGCCAUGGAGCUUGUGUCACGCUUAUGGGGAGUGGCGUCAGGUUCUCUCAUAGAAGGAAGCGAACCAGUCCGGGAAAUGUUUGGCGCCAUUCCGACAAAGGUGCUCGAUGCAACAUAUGUCAACGACAAGACCCUCAACGCUCUGAUCUUGCGAAAUCUCUACGACUUCCUAUUACCGGUGAGCUUCCCGCCCAUCAAGUCCAAGGUUCCCGACAGCCAGAGCACUGGCGAGCGAGCGCUCGAUCCUGACCGGAUUCGAGCUCAGCGAAUCCUUGUGCUUGUACGUGACCUGGAUGAAAGGGCAAAGAAGGUCUUCUACUCUUUGCAGCAAAAGCAGGGCGCCUAUGCGAAAUACUUUGCCUCUAUCCUCGAGCUCGGAGAAAAGAUCCACGCGGGAGCCGACCAAGACAGCCAGGGUGAUGACAAGAAAAGGAUGAAAUCACUCAUCACCGCGAUUUCCAGCCCCUUUCCGGAUCCCGUUAUUGCUUCAAAGCACAUCACAGAAUUUGUGAACCGGAACGAGCGUCGGGACUUUGUGCUUGCACGGUUCUGCCUGUCACCAGAAAGCGAUUACAAGAAGGUGGUGAAUGCGAUGAAGGAAUUGAGCAAGAGGCUGCAGUCCGCCAUGCCCGCCAUCACCGAGACUCUCGUGCCGUUCUUGAGAUCUUGCUCCAUUCUCGUGUACAACAGGAGCCACGUUCCGGCGAUCAUGGAAAUCUCGAGGAGUGAUGAGAUCGGUCUGGGCUCUACAGCGCACGAAGUGCUCAAGGAGAUCUCAGCAAAUGCGCCGCAGGUGUUCAAGGUUCACAUCAAGGAAUUGUGCGAGACCUUGAAAAAGCAGGCGCCCUCUGCCACCGAGUCGAACGAUCCAACGGCCGUGCAAUCAUUGAAAGCAUGUGCUGGUUUCGCAAGACAAUUCCCACAGGAGAUGGGCCAGGAUAGGGAGUUCUACAAGGCGAUGAGCAAAUUUGCCAUGUUCGGCACUCCUCCGACGGCGGCGAAACAUGCCGUCAGCGUGAUUGUGGCUUCGGCGGACAAGAAGGAGAUGUACAUCAAGGACAUCUUGAAGGCGUGUCUGAAAGACUUCGAAGUCGGCUCCGAUCAUUCCUUGUCAAGACUUGCUGCUCUGAGUCAACUCAGACUGGUAGCAAGCGAGCAGAUUGAGAGUCAAGAUGAUGAGAUCACACAGGUCCUCUCCAAUGUGCUACUGGACCCAAGCGCGACAGCAUACGAUGAGGAGCUCAAAUGGUCAGACGAGAUCGACGACAACCUGGCCCGGAAACUGUGGGCACUCAAAGCCAUCGCGAACAAGUUGCGAGCGCUCGUGGCAGUCCAAGAAGGUGAUGAACCCGGCGACGAACUCAGGACCACGGCGGAGCCAAUAUUCAGAUUGCUCAACACAUUCGUCGAGCGCGAAGGCGAGAUCUCCGAGACCGACGGCACAACUGCUCCACAUCACCGAGCGCAUCUACGAUUGGCGGCUUCCAAGCACUUGCUCAAGCUCUGCUGUAACAAGGCACUUGAUAGGAUCUUCUCUCCGAGAGACUUCAAUCGAUUGACCAAGACUGUGCAAGAUGAGCAAGCCGACGUACGAUCUGGAUUCAUGAACGCCUUGAGAAAAUACAGCAGCCAGAACCGGCUUCAACGACGAUUCUAUGGUCUUAUGUUUGUGUACGCCUUUGAGCCGGACAAGCCCAUCCGCGAGACUGUCAUGGCUUUCCUCAAAUCCCGAGCAACAACCUUUGCCAAGCAGAACAAUUCGAGUAUGGAGCUGGUCUUCAGCAACUUCCUCAGUCUUCUUGCUCAUCACCCGGAUUUCGGAGCCGAAACGAAAUACUUGAAGGACUUUGUCGACUACAUCGUGUUCUAUCUCAAGAUUGUCGCCACCGAAGCGAACCUGCCUGUCAUAUACAGCAUCGCGCAGCGCAUGAAGACUGUGCAGGACGGCAUCGACCCUGACAGCAGCUCCAACCUGUACGUGCUCUCCGAUCUGGCAGAAGGCAUCAUCCGCAUCUACCAAGAGCAGCAAGGAUGGUCGCUGCAGAUACUGUCCACCAAGACACCUCUUCCGCCCGGUAUCUUCUCGCGCAUGCCGAACCACACGAUGGCUCAGGAGAUCGCCGAGACGAGGUUCAUUCCCGAGGAUCUAGCCGAUAUGCUCGAGGAUCUGGUUAAGGAUCGCAUGAGGAAGAAGAAGCGCAAGGCUGAGAAGACUGAUGCGUCUUCAGCGCGUGCGGCGAAGAAGGUCAAGGCCACCACGGGAGAGACUUCAAAGUCACUGCCAGUCCGCAAGGUGACCAAGACGACCAAGGCGGCGAAGCCCAGCAGGACGCCGAAGAAGAGCAAGGCCGACGAUGUUGCUGCGGCCUCGUCCGUUGACCGGAGAAAGAGUGGGCGUGCCUCCAAUGCAAGGAACUACGCGGAGAACGACGACAGCGAUGACGAUGAGGAGCUGGAACAGUGGCAGGCCGGCGACGAAGAGGAAGACGAGGAGGACAACGAAGAUGUCCAAGACGAUGCCGAUCUCGAAGAGCAAGACGCCGACGUUGAUGCAGAAGGCAACAAAGAGAAU